AUGGCCGUCAAAAAGCGCCAAAAGACAAUAUCGCAUGGUCGCCCACCGAUCAGCAGACCGAAAGAGCGGAUGACCUCUGAGCGCUCCAGGACUAUCAUUCGGACCCAUCACCGACUACAGAAGGAGCAUGCAGCAGCUUUAAAGAAGGGGGAUGCAAACUUAGCUGAAGAAAUUGCGCGAGCUAUUGAGAAGAAUGGGGGAAUCAAGACUUAUCAAGCUGCAAGCAAGCAAGGCCAGGCGAAAGACAGAGGAGGUGAUUCUAGCAAGUUGUUAGUCGAAUGGCUCGAACGAUCCAAAGUCUUGGACUCGAAAGCACGAGGCCGUCGCAGUGCUGGCAACGCCGAACUCAGAUGCCUCGAGGUUGGAGCUCUAUCGACCAAAAAUGAGAUUUCGAAGUACUCAAGCGCCAUCGACAUGACGAGGAUUGAUCUGAACAGCCAGGGCCCAGGCAUCGAAAAACAGGAUUUCAUGGAGCGACCACUUCCUACAUGUGAUGAUGAGCGCUUCGAUAUCAUUUCUCUAUCGUUGGUGCUCAACUAUGUCCCGGAUGCCGUUGGUCGAGGGGAGAUGUUGAAACGCAUCACAGAGUUUUUGAGGAAGAGCAUUGCGCGGACUGAACCCCCCAAUUCAGUCUUGCCAGCGCUGUUCUUUGUUUUACCAUUACCAUGUGUUGACAACUCACGCUACCUCGAUGAAGAGCUACUCCUGCGAAUUAUGCGCGACUUGGGCUUUACGAUGAGAUUCAACAAGAACACUUCAAAAUUGUGUUACUACCUGUUCGCCCUAACAAAUGAACCGAAAGCUACAAGGGCCGAGAAAAAGAAGAUUAGAGACGGGCCGGGAAUGAACAAUUUCUGCAUUGUUGUGGAAUGA